AUGCCGAAGCGCUGCCGGAGGGCGUACUGUAAUAGAGAUAGAGGUGUUAACUCCAUACUCCUCGGAAAAGCAACAUCAUCCUCUACCUUUACCAACACCCGCCCACGCACUCUAUCCUCCACAAUGAGCCUCUACUACGUAUACAUGCGCUGGUUGAGGAAGACCGACGAGAGAAGCGGUUCAUGGGCCCGCCAGCUCCUCACCUGCGAGUCACGCUACGUCGCAGACGAAUUCUUCCGCGCGUGCCAAGACCUCAAAGACAACCGCGGACAGCCUCGGUUCACAAAGCUAGAGCGCAGCACCCCGCAGUUCUGGAUCUACGACACCACCGACAGCGAACCGUGGAACGCGCUUGUCGACAUCCUGUGCAAGAGCCCCCUGCCGGCCAGUGUUGAGGGGAGGGUUAUGUCGACGCUCCUCCACGACGGCGUGGGGCGCGAGUGGCCGGUUGCUCCAGUGGCUGCGGGGCGAGAUUGGGUCAACGGGAAUACGUACUUUGUCCGCAAUAUCCGGCAGCCGAACCUGUACUGGUUCGAUGACGGGUCUAACCCUGGCAUUCUAUAUAUAUCGAAUGGAGGCAACAAGACAAAAUUCCGUGUAGUUGGCACCGACAUGGGGAGCGUUAAAAGGGUGCUGAUACGGUCCGAAGUUGUCCGUCUUGAGAUUCCCCAGUCGGGCAACAGUCCAACGAGGCAUCUUCUAUGCGAUUAUAAUAACCGCCUUGUGUGUGCGUCGGGUGGAGGGGGUUGGACGUUCAAAUUCGGAGACCUCCUCGGAAGGUUUGGAACCAGAUUUAUUGGAAAAAAUCAAUUGGGGAUCUAUGGGGCCGUUACGUGGGGUGAAGGCAAUGAUCCGGAUGAGUGGGAACUUUGUUAA